GCAACUGGGCCUUUCAGUACCCGCGCUCCGGCGGCGCAUCAUCCUCCUCCUCCUCCUCCUCCUUCGCCGGCGCCACCUCCUCGCGCAAAGCAGACGCCAACAACAUCGACAACGAUAGCUCCAACCCCUGGCGCAACACCAUCCCGCCCGGAACAGACAUCCUCGUCACCCACGCCCCGCCAAAAGGCCACAUGGACGAUCCGCGCGGCCACUGGGGGUGCGAGAUGCUCCUGGCGGAAAUCUGGCGUGCGCGGCCGCGGCUGCACGUCUUUGGGCACGUACAUUGCGGGCGCGGGCGGGAGGCGGUUGCGUUUGAUGGGUUGCAGGCGGCGUAUGAGGAUGUUGUGUUGUUGGAGGCUGAGGCUUUUGCGAUGGCUGCUGGUGUUGGUGCUGGUGUUGGUGGUGUGGUGAUGGCUUGGGUCAAGGCUUUGCUUGCUCUGGGCUGGUGUUUCUUGGUUUGGGGAUGGGUGCUUUGGUGGUGUGGAGGACGGAGGGGUACGGGGAGGACUGUGUUUGUGAAUGCUGCUGUUGUUGGGGGUGUUCGCGAUCGUUUGGUUCGGGAGGCUAUUAUUGUGAGGAUAUAGGAGUUAUGUGUGUGUGACAAGUUGGAAUAGGCUUUUCGGGAAUGGGCGAAGGUCUAGUUUAAAGUUGACGUUCUCUAUGAGGCUUCUGCUCAUAGUAUUGUUGCAGUUCGUACCUCAGUUGAAGCGAUUGAUAAAAGUGAUUAUACGACGUGUAUAAAAGGACGGGAAUAGGCGACUCUGACGUUUUCUAAUUAGCAAAGUGAGGUUUGGUCUUACUGCGGAGUGAAGCCAUCACAGCAUUAGUCCAUCUGACUCCUCGUCGUCUACAAGCAACGAACCCAGCUAACAAUCACUGUAUAAGCCCAAAAAAUAAAUAAA